UAAUUUUCAUCAAGUUCAAUAUUUUAAACAGUUUUUAUAUGUUGGGAUUUAUUUUAUACUGAGAAAAAGAAAUCUUAACCUGAAAUCAGUUUGUAAUUUUAUUAUAAAAACUUGAACCAUUAAAAUAAUUUUGAGAGCUAUUUCAUUUUUAAAGUAAUGAUAGAAAUACAGUUAAUUAGUGAAAAACAAAAGAAAAGAGGAAUAAACAGCUGGGCAUUAAUGCAAAUUGGUGAUUUAAUGAAGUUUACAAUUUUGGAUCCACAUAUAGGAUUUUCUACACGAAAAAUUCACCCUUACAACAGUUUUGACGAUGAUAAUAAAAUAGCUGCUCAGAAAAUAAUUCCAACUAAUAUUCUACUAGAUACAAAAAAGUUAACGAAUAUCUAUCAAGCUUUAAAAUUAAUGUUUUCUAAGCAGAAUCUGUAUUUCAAAUUUAAUAUUCAAUAUGCAAGUUGGGUUGAUGAACCAAUAAAGUCAUAUACGACAACAAUAUCUACAGAAUCUCUUGUCAUAAUUGAAAAGUGUACAAGAUAUCAAAAUGAAAAACAGGGUUUAAAAAUUGUUGCUAAACAUGAUAUUUUAAAAGAUACUAAAAUUAGAUAUCUAGCUGGUAUUUACAAAAAGAUGGAUCCCAAAUAGAAAUGUUAUUGCAAGAAAGAAAGUUGAAUUUCUCUGUAAUCAAUUCCACAAGAAUAUGUCAUCCUAUCUUGAUGUUAGGAAUUGCUGCAAUUUUGAACCACGACUGCCAGCCAAAUUGCAUGUAUUUGACUGUGACAAAAAGCUUGCUUAUAAUUGUUACCACAGCCAAUAUAAAAAAAGGAGAAGAAUUAUAUUGUUAUUAUGGAAAGAAUUAUUUUGGACCGAACAAUGAAUUGUGUGAAUGCUACAUUUGUGAAAAAAAACAAAAUGGAUAUUUUUCAAAAGAUAAAGUAAUAGGCCUCAGUACAGCAAAUGAUAUCAAUGACUCAACGUAUAAUUUGAAAAGUUUUCCUCAAACAAUAUCAGAAUUGAAUAUUUACAAAGAUAUUACUCAUUUGAAAAAUGAUUGUGAGGAAGCAUAUUUAGUUCAAAAUUCUAAUAUUCAAAAAGAGAAUUAUAAAAAAACUUAAUGUAUAUAUAAUGAUCCUGACAACUACCAUUCAGUUAAUACUUUUAAUAUGUGCAUCACUGAAACAGAAUCUAUUUGUAACAUUUUGACAUAUUUAGAAGCUGAUUAUAAGCUGCGAGAUGCAGCAUAUGUAAAACUAAUUAGAAUAAGUCAGUUGACAGUUGAGUAUUUGAAUAUAAGACAUAAUAAUGGAUAUACAUUUUGUUUACUCUGUGAAAAAUUCAAGACUAAAUUUACUAGACAUCUAAAAUGUGCUCACAUGGACAAUGAUAUAGUAUCUAAAGAUUUGAGUGAAAGGGACAGCGCUGUAAAAUUAUCUAUUUUUAAUUUUCUUCGUAAUCAAGGACUGUAUCAUUUUCAAAUACUAACUGGAUUAAUAAUUCCAGUGAGAAAAUCCAGAAAUGAUUCUGUAGCAAUAGUUGAAAAAGUGCAGUGUACAAAUUGUUACGCUUAUUUUUCAAGAAAAACAUUGUGGAGCCAUAGAAAAUAUUGUAAAAAUUUUAU